UCACGGGGAAAAAUAUCAGCCUACUGAAUUGCUGCUGACGAAAUUCACAACUAAACCCAUUAUUUAUCAUUCAAUUCACAACUCAAGAAGCACAGGAAAUUGGGGAAUAUAUAUCUGGACACUGCAAGCUACUCUGGAACUUGAAAUUGUGAGCAUCUGUGUGAAAAACUCCAUUAAAAAGAAGGUAAAAAAAAAUAUACGGAGCGUCCGCUGUCGACCAUCUUAUUCGAGCUUUAGACAGGGGGAGUUCAGGCGCUUUCUACGGUCAGAGAAGGGCGAGGCUGAUCCGCUAUGGAGAAUGGAGUCGGGGCCCCGAGAACUCGCGUCGAAGCGAAUAGGGAACAUGCUAUGGCAGUAAAAAGGAACUACAUUUCAAAUCCUAGGAUAACUUACAAAACAGUCUCUGGUGUAAACGGACCGCUGGUCAUUCUUGAUGACGUCAAGUUUCCCAAAUUUGCGGAGAUUGUCAAUUUGACCCUUGCUGAUGGAACAAAGAGGAGCGGUCAAGUGCUAGAGGUCAGCGGGUCAAAGGCUGUAGUUCAGGUUUUUGAAGGAACGUCAGGUAUUGAUGCAAAACACACAACUUGUGAAUUCACUGGAGAUAUUUUACGCAUCCCUGUGUCUGAAGAUAUGUUAGGUCGUGUUUUUAACGGUUCGGGUAAAGCCAUCGACAAAGGACCUCCAGUAUUAGCAGAAGAUUUUCUGGAUAUUCAAGGUCAGCCAAUCAACCCUCAGUCUCGUAUCUAUCCAGAAGAGAUGAUCCAGACGGGUAUAUCCGCCAUUGAUGUCAUGAACUCCAUCGCUCGCGGCCAGAAAAUCCCCAUCUUCUCCGCUGCUGGCUUACCACAUAACGAGAUUGCUGCACAAAUUGUGAGGCAAGCAGGUCUCGUCAAGCAACCCCACAAGGACGUCAUGGACACACAUGAAGACAACUUUGCCAUUGUGUUUGCUGCUAUGGGUGUGAAUAUGGAGACGGCUCGAUUCUUCAAACAGGACUUUGAGGAGAAUGGCUCCAUGGACAACGUGUGUCUGUUCCUCAAUCUGGCCAAUGACCCAACUAUUGAGCGUAUUAUUACACCUCGACUGGCGUUAACAGCAGCGGAGUUCCUUGCUUACCAAUGUGAGAAACACGUCCUGGUCAUCUUGACUGAUAUGAGCUCCUACGCUGAAGCUUUAAGAGAGGUGUCGGCUGCCCGAGAGGAGGUGCCCGGUAGACGUGGUUUCCCUGGUUACAUGUACACCGAUUUGGCUACAAUCUACGAGAGAGCCGGCCGUGUGGAAGGACGUAACGGCUCCAUCACACAGAUACCUAUCUUGACUAUGCCUAAUGAUGAUAUUACCCAUCCUAUUCCUGAUCUGACCGGAUACAUCACCGAGGGACAGAUCUAUGUGGACAGACAGCUUCAUAACAGACAGAUUUACCCGCCAAUCAACGUGCUUCCGUCUCUGUCACGUUUGAUGAAGUCCGCUAUCGGUGAAGGAAUGACAAGAAAGGACCAUGCAGACGUCUCCAAUCAGCUGUAUGCUAACUAUGCCAUCGGGAAGGACGUUCAAGCCAUGAAGGCUGUAGUUGGAGAGGAAGCCCUGACUCCAGAUGAUCUGCUUUAUCUUGAGUUUCUCGGCAAGUUUGAGAAGAACUUCAUCGCCCAAGGGAGCUACGAGAACCGUACAGUAUUUGAGUCGCUUGACAUCGGCUGGCAGCUCCUUCGAAUCUUCCCCAAAGAAAUGCUCAAGAGAAUUCCCCAGAGCACACUGGCCGAGUUUUACCCUCGUGACGCCCGCCGUUAAUUCAUCAAAAACACAUCUCAAUUUUGGAAAGUAUCUGUCUCCUAUUCUUUGUUUAUCUCAUCGAUUCCUUAUUUUUUUUUAGAAAGUUACAUUCCAGAGGUUUCUUUCCUUCUCAUUUUUUUUUUUUUUUUUCACAAUUUGAGGGAUUGGGUGGAACUUGAAGUUUUUUUCUUUGAAAAAAAAACUAUCCUCUUACUUUACCUACUGGGUAAAUUUUUUUGCCACAAGAUCGCAGUGUUUACAGUUGUAUGAAAAAAUACACAUGUGUAAGUUUGUGUAAAGAUGCAAGAUUGUUUACAAUGUAAAUGGAAAAACGUCUUUAGAACCUUUUUGGUUCUGAGUAACGCAUAACUUUCAUUCAUGAAAGGGGGUUUAAAACUACUUGGUAAUGAAAACAUUUCGAGGUCACAGGUUCUAAGAAAGUUUAGUCUUAUUUCUUGCACUAUACUUCAUUGAAAGCUUGCAUCUAAAUGCAGAUCUGUGAUACCAAGAAAGCUGGUACAUUUUGUGAAAAACUAUCAUUACUUUUCAAGAGUGAAGUCCUAUUUAAUAUUGACCGCUUCUGUUUUGCUGCCUGAUAAAUUUACAUAUUGCUUGCAGCAGUCGGCUAGUAGUGAUGUGAUGAAAUCUACCGCGAAUUAUAAACCAGCAAAAAAGGUUGGUUUAAGCCGACUCAGACUGGUUUAAACUGGUUCAGACUGGUUCAAGCUGGUACAAGCUGGUUCAGAAUGGGUUGGACUGUUUCAUGCCAUUUCAGACUCAUUCAAGCUGUACAGACUUGGUGAAAAUUGUUCAAGCUGGUUCAGGCUGGUUCAAACUAGUUCAGACCCAUUCAUAACUCAUUAAAGCUGUUUAUAAAGACUGGUUGAGAAUCGCUUUAGCUGGUUCAGAUUGGUUUAACCUAGCUCACACUGACCCAUCUAAAUAUUUGCGUUGUAGUCUUAUUUGUUUACAUUUUAAUAUUUAACUUUGUUUCCUUUCCUCUUUGGUCUCCAUCAUACUUGGGAUAAAAAAAAAAAAAUGGGAUAUAUUAAUAUUAAUAGCAAUACUUAUAUCAGAGGAUACUAAUUUUGAUGUAUAGAAUAUAUAAUAUAAAACUGUAAAAACUCUUGAGAGUUAUUGUAAAUGUCACCCACGUGAUGUUAAACUUACAGUUAGUAAAAAAACAAAAUUAUAAGUACUAUUUGAACAAUGUUUAAUCUUAUCCUCUUGUUGGUUGGUCAGUGUUAUUCCUUGACAAUUUAAAUUUAUGUUCAUGUGUUUCAUUUCUUACUUUGCCCUUCUUCCAAUCGGACAGCUCAUUUUUCUUUAUCGAGGCAGGUUGUCAGGACUUUACAAUUUGUAGGCAUCAUUAGUUUUAUCCAAAAGUUGAUAAAGCCAGAGCAAUUGCAGAACAAACUGAAGAAGAUAACAGGAACAUUUUUAACAAACAGAAAAACAUGGGUUUGUUUUAAAGUUGUAGAUUCUUUGUAAAAUAGGAAGCAUCGGAAAUUGUCAACUUGAAACAUUACUUUUUCUGUGAACUCUUGCUCUUGUUUAAACACAAGAAAGUUAAGUCUUGCGACUGUUUUCGGCCGUUAUGGGCAUUUUGGUAAGCUGUCGCUGGAUGACACAAGGUCGCUGAAGGGAUGAAAAAGUUUAAACAUAAAGGGUGCUCCAAAAGAAGUUGUGACCAACAAUACAAUAGACUAUUAUGUUCACUUGCUGCAGCAAUUUAAAUAAACUAUGAAUAUAUUAGUUUUCAAGACUGUGGUCUUUUGGAAAAUGUGUUCAUUGGUUUGAUUUCUUUUUUCCAAACCCCAACACAUCUGAUUGUGUCAACCUUGUGGAGUUUAAGAAUUGUGAACAACAAAUUUGUAAUUUGUGAAUAAAUGUGGAGUAAUAAUGUGA